AAACCCUACCUCCUCCUCUUCUCCCCGCCGUCUCGCUCGACGCCCCCAUUUCCUCUCCCCGGCCCCCAAAACCCUAGCUAAACCCCGCCGAGGCGCCAUGAUCACCGGUGGCCAGAGCUACGUCUCCGCGCCGCCGGCCUUCUCCGCGGACGGCCGCCUCCUCCUCGUCUGCUCCGGCCGCGUCGUCUCCGUCUUCAGCACCUCCACCGGCAUGCUGGUGUCGGAGCUGGAGGGGCACGAGGGGGACGUCACGGCCGUCGUGGUGGCGCCGCCGCCGGCCAACGCCGCGGCGGCGGCCAUGGUCGCGAGCUACUGCUGGACGGCGGGGCUCGACGGGAUGCUCAUCUAUUGGGACUUCGCCGCGGCCGAGCUGGUUCGCAAGGUCCACGUCGGGCUCCCCGUCCACUCCAUGGUGGUUCCUAACAUAACCAGAACAUCGAAAGUAACUGAGGUGUAUACUCCUUUCGCGUUCGUCUCUGUGGAAGAUACGAGCAAGUCAGCUAAUGAGGCGAAAGCAUUGCGCGGGCAGCUGAGGAUUUAUGACUUGACAAAAGGGCGCCAAGUGGGUUCUCUCCUGGCUGAGACACGUAAGCCACCAAAGAUCGUCGCAAGUUGUUCUGGGGAAUUUUUGGGCAUCGUAAAUAAGAGAAAGCUCUAUAUUUGGAGCAUACCUACCAAAGAUUUCAAGCCUGAUAAGAUAAGGAAGAUAAAGCUCGGCCACACAAAAAACUUAAAUACCCUGGCCUUCCAUCCAAGCGAGAGAAUUGUGGCUGGUGGUGAUGUAACAGGGAGGAUCUUAAUUUGGAGAGGCUUUGGAAAUGCAAAGUUUUCCAAAGCCCAUGGUGCAAAGUCUCAAGCAGAUGAAGAAAGGGAUGGUGUAAGGGGUGAAGAUGAUGCAGAGACUUGCACUACGUGGCAUUGGCAUUCUAGUGGAGUGAAGUUUCUCAAAUUUGCUUCAGAUGGAGCUUACUUGUACUCGGGUGGUAUGGAGGGGGUUAUUGUUGUAUGGCAACUGGAUACAGGAAAGAGAAGGUAUAAGCCACGUCUAGGAUCUCCUCUUUUGUUCUUUGUGGGUUCUCCAGACUCUUCCAUUUCCUGUGUCUCAUGUACAAAUAACCAAAUUCAUCUUCUGAAAAUGCCUAAUAUGGUGGUCCUGAAAACUAUUGCUGGAAUUAAGCUACCUCUUACUUCCCCAAACCUGGUUAGACGAGAUGUGUAUGGAUUUGAUUGCACUAAUGGGCUUGUUGCAGUACCAACAGAAGAUUACUGCAUACAGUUCUACAAUUUGUUUGAGAACACUGAGGUUUCAGAGGUGCAAGUUUGUGAGAGGAACUUUCAGCCUGUUGAUGAUAUCACGAUGUACAUUUCUUUAGUUUCAUUGUCCAUCAAUGGCAAUUUUAUGUGUACUGUUGAGGUUAAGCUUCCCGAAGAAGAAUUAGGUGGCCUUGUCACACUGAAAUUUUGGAACCAUGGGUCUCGUGCUGGACAUUUUCAUUUGUCCACCGUCAUUUAUGAGCCUCACAGUGAUGCUGCUAUUUCUGCCGUUGCUUUCCGCCCAGGAAAAAACAUGGCCGUGAGCUCUUCUGUUGGUGGCAACUUCAAGGUGUGGGUCCAAAGUUUGUCUUUACAAUCAAGUGAUGAAAAAAGCCAAUCUGGUUGGAGAUGCCAAUCAGUUGGCUCAUACAAGAAGAAACCUAUGACAGCAGCAGCUUUCUCAGGUGAUGGAUCUGUUCUUGCGGUUGCAGCUGAGAGCGUCAUCACAUUGUGGGACCCUGAUAAUAAUGCACUUGUUGGUGUGAUUGCAGAAGCAUUAUCGCCUAUUACCAAACUUUCUUUUGGUGGGACAUCGGCAUAUUUGAUGUCUCUAUCUCAGAGUUCAAAACCACAGGUUGCUGUGUGGAAUGUGUCAAAUCUUUCCAUGCAAUGGUCCUACACCCUUUUUGCGGAAGCUGCUUGUUCCUCAAGUAAGGGUGAAUUUGCGGUACUUUCUCUUCUAAGCUAUCCUGAAGGAGAAACACCAGCAGAGCAAGAUGGGGUAAUACUACUUUUCAACGCGGAAAAUUCAAACCCAAUUUUGUCCUGGUCUGUAAAGAAGGCAAAAGGAGGUAGCCUUGCUUUUGUGAAGGACGAUAUAUCUUUGGAUGCAAGGGGUGAAGAUGCAUCAUUGCUGGUGUAUGUGAAUGGUUCACAUGAAUAUUUCAUCUUUGAUCCCCGAAAGAACGAGGAGUCACAGCUUAGCAAGAGCGCACAGAAAAAUAUACAAGCCGAUGAACCUGCAUCGAUCGGUUAUGCGGCUAUUUACGGCCAACUUCCAAAGCUGGAAUUGAAGAAAGAGGUUUCAGAUGUUCCAUUUAUUCCAUCAGAGAGACCAUGGGAAACUAUAUUCACUGGAUCGUCCCAUGUUCUUCCGCCUCUCACAAAAUUAUGUUCCGUCUUCUUGGCAUCACUGCUAGAGAAGAGACCAGUUGCGAACGAGUGAGAAGCUCUGAAGUUUUGUCCCGUCAUGCAACAGUAUACUUGCUAGCUGCAAAUGUCAAUGCACAAGGAAAAGAAGAUCAACUUGUGCUGACAAAGCAAUCGAUAUAUGCCCUAAGCUCGCUGAGAACUGGAAUACAGUCGACAUCGAUGCUUUGUGAGAAGUCUGAUUGCACAAAAUAUGCACCUGGUGGCACUAGCGAUGAAAUUAGCGACUGAAUCCGUAGCUCUUUUUUGUAGUGAUAUAUAGGACGAAUGGAUGUACCUGAUCCUAGCAAUUUUGCCCUCCACAAUCAAAUCUGUAAUCUGAAUAACUCGAUCAUUCUUCCGUUUGCUAAUGCGUUCAUAAUGGUUGUUGUGAUGAUGUGGAAAUAUUUCAGCUAUUGAAGUGUGGCACAAGAUUACAAUGUUGGCCUGUGGAUUA